AUGAUUUGGUGUCUGUUCGCCUUGCUCUUUUCGCAAUUCGCUUUUGCGCAGCGCCACGAUGAGGAUCUUAUGUCUUUUGUGACACUCCCCGAAGUUCGGGCCCUGAAAUGGGAAAUCACUCACCACGACCGGGACCGCGCAGCACCGGGAUACUGGUUUGUUGCUCCCUACGGCAUGAUCGAUCCCGAAUCCCCGACUCCGGUACACAAUAUCGACGAUAAACCUCACUUGUCCCUGAUUGCGCAACGGUCCUUCGAUGAAACUGUCCCGGGGAGCGGCCUUAUCUUGAGUCAGCAUUAUGAGGUGGAGUCGGAGGUCUUCAAGCUUAACGAUACUUGGGAAUUCAAUGUUCACGAGUUCAAAGUCAUGGAUGGAGGCAAAACAGCCCUGGCCUGUGUCUACCAGUCGAAAAUGCUGGACAUGGCUGAUGUCGGCCGUCCGGGGGAACAGAAGCUUUUCCUGACGGGUGGAUUUGCAGAGUUGGAUUUGGCUACCGGUGCACCGCUGUUCGAAUGGGACUCGUCCGAUCACCUGGGCUUGCAUGAGACCGACCGCUUUCACACCUGGGAGGAGCCUAUGGGCCAAUGGGGAUUCGACUCGGUGCAUAUGAAUGCAGUCGAUAAGAAUGAGGCUGGCGACUACAUCAUCUCGAUGCGCUUCACCGAUACCAUCUAUAUGAUCUCCGGCGUAGACGGCCGCGUGAUGUGGCGACUGGGUGGCCCUGAAACCAACUUCAUCCAGGACUUUGUCUUUUCCAAGCAGCACGAUGUCAAAUUCGUCUCGUCCAACGGGACGCACCAUAUCAUUUCGUUCCUGAAUAACGCCUCCGACGAAAUUACCACCGACGAGACCGUAUCGUCAGGCCUAUUCGUCGAGCUGGACACGACCGCCAACCCGAUGACCGCCCGAUUGAUCGCCCGCUACAACCGUCCCGACGGCCAGCUAUCUCGACUCCGCGGCAACACCCAACUCCUCCCCAACGGCAACGUAUUCGUUGGCUGGAGUCAAUCAGGCUACCAGAGCGAAUUCUCUCCAGAGGGAGACGUCUUGAUGACCGCCCAGUUUGCAUCGGACCGCUUCUCGACCUACCGCGCAUACAAAUACGAGUUCACUGGCCGGCCUCGUGCGCCGCCCGACCUUGUAGCGUCCGUAUACGGCACGACCGAGGACGACCUGACCACGAUCUUCCACGUCAGUUGGAACGGCGCCACUGAUGUAGCCGCCUGGAACUUCUACGCCCAGGCAUAUGACGGCGGAGCCCCCGUGCUUAUCGGCAAUGUCAGCAAGACCGACUUCGAAACCAUGUUCAUUGCCCACGGCUUCCUCGACUGGGUAUCUGCCGCGGCUGUCGACCACCAAGGCAACGUGAUGGGUACCUCCGCCGUACAUCGCACCCAGACGCCCGAUAACUGGAAAACUGCUGGAUUCGUCGGAUCAUCGAAGGCUCCUUCCCCGAUUAACCCGUCGAGCAUCUACAAGGAGGCCCAGGCGGGCGCGGACCACUCCUCUGCCUUGUUGUCGGACGGUGAUACCAAGGACCUCCUUGCGGCGCUUUCCCAAGCGUAUCAGGUCGUGCGUGGUCUUGGGAAUCUGCUUAUUUUCAUUCUGGUUGUCUCGGCCUUCGCGGGAGUGCUUUUGGGCGCGUUUUGGGUCCUUCGGAGGAGGCGGAUUCAGCGCUCGCAGCCGUACCGACAUGUGCCUUCGGAAGAGAGUUUUCCUAUGGAGGAGACGCCGUUGCGGAAUAAUGCUUCGGAUUAG